AUGCUUUUAUUCUGAAGGAUUCUAUCCGGAAGUCUCACUGUUGUUGCUGCUCAAGAGAACGAGGGAAGCUGCCAUCCUUUUGGCGCAACUCAUUUUGCUUAGAAUAAUAUAAAAUUUAAGUUUUAGAUAAACUAUAUUCGUUACGGUGUCCAACAAUGAUCAUCCCUGUCCGAUGCUUCACGUGUGGGAAGAUUGUGGGUAACAAGUGGGAGGCAUACCUCGGCCUACUUCAAGCAGAGUAUACUGAGGGAGAUGCUCUUGAUGCCCUGGGCCUGAAGAGAUACUGCUGUCGGAGGAUGCUCCUUUCUCACGUGGAUCUUAUUGAGAAAUUGUUGAAUUAUGCUCCACUGGAGAAGUGAUUGGAAAUGGUCAACUUCAAGAACUGCAAGGACUUGGUUGGGCUGUGGCAUGGACAGAUUCAUAUAAUAUUGAUGUGUAACAACAAAUGCCGACCACAGUGAAAAUCUUUGGAACAUUCAUUUGUGCGCUGAUGUGAUAAUACUUUUUUUUUUUUUUUUUUAAAUAAAGUUGUUAAAAUGA